UGCAGACUCCAGGCCAGAGUAGCUGAAGCAGACGUCACCGUUCCCUGCGACCCCCGAUACUCCAGGCUGUUUAUGUAAACAACACUAAAGGAUGUGAUUUGGAAGUUUUAUUUUAUUGCUAACGUCCUUCUUCCACACAAUGGCGCAACCGGCAGAGAGAGCAUAUUAUCGCUUUGUGGUGCUGUUCUUCAACUGUUUGCUGACAUUUGGCUCCUACUUCUGCUUUGACAUCCCCAGUGUCCUACAGGAUCAGUUCCAAGGGAACCUGACAUGUCCCAAUGCAACAGUGAUCAAUGGGACAGUGGACUGUGUGGAGGGACUGGGGAUGAGCCCUCAGCAGUAUAAUCUUCUCUAUGCAAUCUAUGCUUGGACGAAUGCAGUAGUGGUGAUUAUCGCAGGGUUCCUGAUUGACAAAUUAGGAAACCGCUUCGGGGUGUUUCUGUUUUCUUUCCUGUGUGUUUUGGGCUCAUCCCUGUUUGCACUGGGUUCCCACUUCAAAGGAACUCCCUAUCUGCUGCCACUGAUGCUGACAGGCCGACUGCUGUUUGGAUCAGGCAAUGGAUCUCUGACCAUUGUUCAGAACCGCAUCACAGCCUUCUGGUUCAAAGGGAAGGAGCUGGCCUUGGCCUUUGGUCUGACCCUGGCUUUCUCACGCUUGGGUUCAGUCCUGAACUUCUUCCUCACCCAGAAGUUUGAAGACAAUUAUGGCAUGCAGUGGACACUCUGGGGUGGUGCAAUAUUAUGUGUGCUGGGCUUUAUAUCUGCCAUCAUAGUCAGUGCCCUGGACAAGGUUGGAAUGAGGCAGCUCGGUCUUGAUGGAGCCAUCCAAGAGGAAUCUCGUAAAGUGAGGAUUCAGGAUGUGAAGCUCCUGUCGCUAAGAUACUGGCUCCUGGUUCUCACCAUCAUGUUCUUCUACAACGGCAUCUUCCCGUUCAUUGCAGAUGCCAGUAAGUUCAUUCAGGAUAAGUACAGUGGCUAUAGUCAGAAGGAGGCGGCCUAUAUCGCUGGGGCAGUUUAUGACAGCUCACUGGUCCUGUCAGCCAGCGUGGGCAUUCUCAUAGAUUAUGUGGGUCUGCGGGGCAUUUUUGCAUUGACCUGUGCAGUCCUCACGCUGCCUGUGUUUGGACUCCUGGCCUUCACCUUCGUCCCUCCUCUGGUCUCCACCAUAUGGCUGGGAGUCACCUACUCCUUCGCUGCUGCCAGCAUGUGGCCGUCUAUUCCCCUCGUGGUACCUCAGGCGACUCUGGGAACAGCCAUGGGCUUGGCCACGUCCAUACAGAUGGUUGGGAUUGGGGUUUCCAAUCUGGUUGUCGGACAGAUCUUAGGCACCAAGUCUAGUGAAACAAAGAUUCCGUUGUGGCGUUGGCAGAGGAUGAUGAUCUUCAUGUUGGCCAACACCAUCGGCUGCAUCGUCACGUCAGUGCUGCUCAACAUUGUCGACCACAGACAGGGCGGGACCCUGAACAAGACGACUAAGAGGUCAGGGCAGGCUGAGAGAGACUCAGACAGAGAGCCACUCACCCAGGGAGAGGAAGAGCGAAAUGACGAUGAAGAUGACGGUGCUGUUCGAUCUCGUUCAAUCAACUCAUGAACAUUUCUCUCUUUCUUUUUGAUUUUUUUCCAUCACCAGUUUUCAGACUGGAGUUUGUCGACCUCAUUGAAACCUCAUUGGUUCUCCAUAGUAUCUGUGGUUGCUACAGGAGAUGGUUUACAGAAUUAAUGGAUAAAAAAUGCCUUUUAAACAGUAUUUACACCCAAAUAGUAAUAUGUUAUAGUAAAUAUCGUUUUAGCAUUUUAGGUUUUUAAAUGAUGCGGGUAAGUAGGAAAAAAAGUCAAAUGUCACCACUUUUUUUUAAUCGAUACUCAUCGACCUUAUCUUCAGUCCUCAGUCGGUUGCACUGCCACAACUGCACAGUCAGUGACUGAGGUAACUAAACAACUUUGAUGUUGUGUAAGAUUGCAUGUCACAAAAUUUUAUGUUUGUUUUUUUAUGAUUUUCUUUAUUUGUGUAACUGACAAAGGGAAUUUUAUCUACUUUACGUAAAACAUCAAAAAAUAAAAUGUCGUUCUUUCGACAUUGAAAUCUUGA